AUGCUCAGCUCGUGCGACUUGGACGCCGUCCUCAACCACAGCCCGGCCCGCCUGUCGUACUCGGUCCACUCGACCUCGGGCGUGUACGCCGCCUUCCACCCAGACCACAUCCGCACCGACAACCCGCACUCGGACACGUCGAGGUGGACCGCUCCUCCUCCCGACCACCGCCGCCGCGACACCUCGUCCUCGUCCUCCACCGUCGGCACCAAACGCAGGCGCGACCCAGAGUGGAUCAUCCUCGAGCUCGACCACACGGCCCUCGUGCGCACAAUCGGCUUUGGCAAAACCUCGAAGCCGCACCCCUGCAACCUCGCCGACUUUACCCUGUGGGGCGGCCUCAGCCCCGACCCGCUCGCCAUGGAGCCCCUCCUCGACUCGACCCUCAAGAACGACGCCCACCCCGAGCGCUUCUCGCUCCCCAUCUCGCUCCCCUCGGGCUCGUCCCACAAAGCCCCGCUCCCCGUCCGCUACCUCAAGAUCGACUGCCACGUCGCCGCAAACGCCGCCUACAGCAUCUCGAUCUGGCACGUCUGGCUCGAGGGCUACCUCGCCUCGGCCCCGCCGCUCGCCGACACGUCGGCCGCCACCCUCGAGGCGCUGUACCGCGCCCACCGCAGCCGCGAGACGACCCGCCUCGUCCUCGCGCACCUGCGCCGCGCCGGCCCGGCGACCCUGCCCGCGUACCGCGCCCUCGCCGCGACCCUGCCCUCUUCCUCCUCCUCGACCUCGUCCUCGUCCCUCCUUUCCCCUCGUCCUCCGACCUCGGCAUCGACGACCGACACCGACGCCGUCGCCCUCGAACACCCGCUCCUGAGCGCGCUCCACGACGCGCUCGUCCUCGAGGGCGACCACACGCGCGCCGAGGCCCUCCUCGAGCGCAUGCGCCGCGCCGGCCUCCUCGACGAGCACUGCCCGGGCGGCGGCAAGGGCGACAGCGUCGCACGGUGGGUGCGCCUCGACGCCGGCGGCGGCGGCGGCGGCGGCGAGGGCGGCGCCAAGGCGGCAUCGGCGGGUCCGAGCGGGAGGGGCGGGCACGCCAUGGUGCGCGUCGGGCGCAGGGUCCUCCUCUUUGGCGGGUGGGACGGCCGCAAGGACCUCGGCGACCUGUGGGAGUGGUCGCUCGACGGCCACGGCGGCUGGCGCUGCCUCGACGCCGGGCUCGGCGAGGGCGAGGGCGAGGGCGCGACGGGCGAGGGCGCGACGAGCGCGCUCAAGCCCGGCCCGAGGAGCUGCCAUCAGAUGGCGGUCGACGAGGGCGAGGGGUGGGUGUACCUCCUCGGUGGACGGCGGGACGACUUCGACGACGACGAGGACGAGGACGAUGAGGGCGACGAGGUCGAGCCAGGCGCAGAACCCGCGUCGACGACCGCCGCCGUUGCCACCGCCGCCAUGGACGUCGACGCCGAGCCUCCUUCGUCAACCGCUCCCGCUGUCGCCCCGCUCGACACCUCCUCGUCGCCGCCAACCGCGCUCGACCGCGCCCUGUCGCGCCUGCAGCGCCGCGCCGCGCGGUGGCGCUCCGACUUUUGGCGGUACCGCGCCGUCGGGCCCGGGCGCGGCACGUGGGAGCUCCUGAGCGCCGACACGCGGCGCGACGGCGGGCCCGCCCUCCUGUUCGACCACGCCAUGGUCGUCCACUCGGGCGCCGGGCGCCUGUUUGUCUUUGGCGGCAAGAACCAGCCGUUCGACGCGGCCGACACGGCGGCGGGCGGGUUUGGCAGUGCGGGAGCGGGAGCGGCGGCGAUGGACGACUUCGGCGCCGAGGCCGGGAGCGCGGCGGGCGCAGGAGGCGCGCAGCGCGAGGGCAAGUACAGCGGCAUGUGGUGCUACGACAUCGAGGCCAAGCGGUGGACCCACCUCUUCGGCGACCCUCGCCCGACCUCGUUCGCGCCUCGACCCGCCUCGCCUUCGUCGAGCGAGCGCCUCCUGUCCCGCGCAGGGCACGCUCUCGUCCUCGAUGAGUCGUCCCCCGACGACGACCCGACGCUGUACGUCCUCCACGGGCAGCGCGACGAGCAGCACCUCGCCGACGAGUGGGCCGUCCGCCUCGCGUCGCCGUCGUCCUCCUCUUCCUCGGCGCCCGGGCUCGGCGCGUCGUCGACGACGAGGAGCGCAGAAGGCGACGACGCCCUGUGGCGCCAGGGCGCCGUCCUCGACUUUCCCUCGUCGACGCCCAGCAGCGCCGGCUCGCUCGUCGACGCCUCGGCCUUCCCGGCCUCGUCCCCCUCGGCGUCGCCCUCCCGUCCCGCGCGCAGCACCCGUCCCGACGCACGCGACUCGAGCUCGGCGUCGUCGCGCUCCCGCCAGCCGACCAUCGUCCAGAUCCGCCGCCUGCCCGCACCCGCGCCGACCGACACCGCCGUCCCGCCCGCCGGCUUCACGCAGCGCCUCACGCUCGGCCCGAACGGCACGUGGACCCUCCUGACGGGGCUCGGCCCCGCGCCGGGCGGGUCCGGGUCGGCCUCGAGCGGCGGCUCGACGCCCGAGCGCGACCGCGAGCGGGAGCGGGCGCGCGAGCGCGGCGAGGGCGAGGCGCGGUGCGACAGGGGCGUGUGGCGCAGGGUGGGAGGGGCCAAGGGGACGUGGGAGAAGGUCAAGGAGGAGGACGGCGCGGCUGGAGGGGGCCCGAGGGGGAGAUACGCCGCUCAGGUCGUCUACGACCCGCUCAAAGGCGAGCACUACCUCUUCGGCGGCUGUCCCGACACGGCUCUGCCCGUCGAGAGCCCCGACAUGCGCCUGAGCGACUUCUGGAAGCUCAAGAUCGUCGACCCGACGCCCGACGAGGCGCUCCGCCGAGCCAAGUUCCUCGUCCGCAAGCAGCGAUUCGCCGAGCUCUGCGCCACCUCGCCAACCGUCCUCGCUUUGCAGUACCUCCAGAACGACCUCUCGCUCGUCGUCGACCACUCGUCGCCGUCCGAGUCGGCCGCGUUCCGCGCCUGCAUGGCGCAGCUGCUCUCGGCGCCGGCGCGCAUGAACAUCGACGCCGACGCCGCGCUCCUCGCCGGCGCGUCUCGGCCAGCGACGCCGUCCGAGGGCGCCGUCGACGGCAGCGAGGGAGGGUGCGACGUCGACGAGGCGACGUACGCGGCGCGGCACGCGCUGUGGGAGGAGCUGGGCGCGUUUGUGCCCCGGGGCAUGCGCCAGCCGGACGAGCGGCUCGACGACGCGGCGAGGCUGCUCCGCGUGUGGGGCAUGGGUGGAUGGGGCGCGCUCGGGGCCCUCGUCAACAGCCCAAAGAUGGUCGACUCGCCUCUCGUCCCCUCGCUCCUCCUCCUCUCGCUCCCGGCGGCCUACGUCGCGUACCGCGUGUACCGCACCAUCGUCGCGUCCCUGCCCGCCUCGAGCCGCGCCUACGACCCCAAGACGGGCGUCGGCCGCGGCGCACCCGGGUUCCAGACGGGCGUCCGACGAGUCGCCAUCCCGCCCGCGCUCGCGGCCCGCAUCCGCGCCGGCGAGGAGGUGAGCGCAGACGAGGUGACGGCCGCGCUCGAGGAGGAGAAGGAGCGGCUCGACAGGGAGGACGCGGCGCACAGGGAGGACGAGGACCGGGUCAAGGUGCCCGAGGGCGUCGACGAGGAGUGGCUCCCGGCGGGCGCGCUCAAGAAGGGCAAGGCGCGCCAGCGCAAGAAGUAGCGCUCGAGCGCAGAGAGGAGCAGGGUCCAGGUGCAACGACGAUUCGAGGGUUCUCUCUUGC